AUGGGAACAAAAGGGAAGAUGUCUUCAAUGGCCACCCUUUUAAUCUCGCUUGCGGUAGUUAUGGUUUCUUUAAGCACCUUGCCUUCAUCGGCCACGGCAGCCUACCCUUACUCAUCUCCACCACCUCCUCCACCAAAGAAAUCACCACCACCACCACCUAAGCAUCAUUAUGUUUACAAGUCAUCACCACCACCACCACCCGUGCAUAAGUCACCACCACCACCCAUUUACAAGUCACCACCACCUCCUACUCCUGUUUAUAAGUCUCCACCACCUCCAAAGAAACCAUAUGUAUACAAGUCACCUCCACCACCCAUGCCCGUUCACAAGUCUCCACCACCACCAGUAUACAAGUCACCGCCACCACCAGUGCACAAAUCACCACCACCACCUGUUUACAAAUCACCACCACCACCGGUUCACAAGUCAUCACCUCCACCUACACCCGUUUACAAGUCACCACCACCACCUCCAGUUCACAAGUCUCCACCACCACCAAAGAAACAUUACAUAUAUAAGUCACCACCGCCACCUCCUCCUGUUUACAAGUCUCCUCCUCCUCCACCACCAAAGAAAUCAUAUGUAUACAAGUCACCACCACCACCAACUCCGGUCCUCCAUAAAUCUCCACCACCACCAACACCAGUUUACAAAUCUCCGCCACCACCACCACCUGUGUACAAAUCCCCACCACCACCACCACCGGUUUACAAGUCCCCACCACCUCCUCCACCCCCAGUGAAAAAGUACCCACCCCCGCAUUACAUCUACAGUUCACCACCCCCUCCUCACCAUUAA